CCGGGUGACCGCGGCGCGUGGCGGCGGCGACACGAACAUCGCCCCACUUUCACGAGUUGAGGCCUCGCGCGGACGUGACGGCAUUGCUCAGUUUGACUCCUGCAGGUGAGAAGCAAUACAUUUGUUCCGUGUGUGCUCUCUUUCCCAUAGUAGUACUUGAAUUCAGUGUGCAAACGAUCCCCCAAGCCUUCGUUCCUGUCGGCGUAGCAAAUCAAUGUCAGGUAACAACGAAGUUUAAUGCUGAUUACUUUCAGAUGUCUCAGAAUCAUAUUUGUUUAGCAGAAUUCAUAACAUGAUCGAAAGGGUUCUUUUCCAACUAUUAAACUAAUUAGAGUCAAUACAGCUACGACUUAUUUUACUAUCAAAUUACCAACCAGUUGAAUUCAACGUCAGAACAGACGCCUACUCCAUAGAUUAUUGGCUCUUUGGUUCGAUACACCUGCGAACUUUGCUCUCGGAUUCUUCUUCUUCAUCUGGCAAUGUUAUCUGUGGCUCGUGAUAAAUAUUAAAUUUCGCGCCUCGUUCGAAUGAUUCUGUACGACUCGCAGUGUUUUCAAACCACCGGAGAGAAAACAACACGAUGAAACACCAAAUAACCUUUUUAGAAUAGUUUACUUAAAAUAAUCUUCCUAUACGGUUCAGAGAUUUCAAUGAAAACAUUGUGAUUGAUCGCUGACUUUAUUUCUAUUGUAAAUGGUACUCUUAACGUUUGUUUUAAAAAAAUAUGUAGCUUACCAGUAAAAAGAUUUUACGAGAAGUGAGUAAUUUUUCUUUUAAAUCAAGUAUUUACUCAUGUUAACCACCGCGUUUGUUGAUUUAUAAAAAAAAAAUCGAGAUGGUUUAUCAAAAAUUAACAUUCCAGCACAGAAUUAAACUAAGUACAAUUCCUUCAGAGCGCAAUUUUUUUAAUCGUGAUCGAUGUUAUUUACAGCCAGACGCUGCAUAAAUAAAUGCAACGCGAGCGCAGUACGAAAGACUGUCACCAAUUUGCAUCGGCCUCUCCCGUUGACGAGCUCAACGACGUAAUGAACUGCUGCAAUGGCGUGAUAGGUACCGAAACACCAGCAGGCAUAGAAAAAGAAAGAAAAGCAAAUCGGAUUGACCUUGAACGCCUUAGAGCGAUCCUCCGUCGACGGCCCAGCUGUCAGUGUGCAGCUGAGCCGCCGAGCCGUCUGGCUGGAGCAUUGAGGAGCGCGGCUGUUGGACCGCCGUCUGCACUUCGUGCCGGCCGGACACUGAUGCGGCUGCCGGCGGCUGGCGCGGGGCCGAGACCUCGUCGGCGCCGUGAGCAGCAGUGACCCGGGGCUACGACGACGACGACGACGACGGUGGCGAAGAGGACGACCCCGCCGCGAGCCAUGGAGGCCGCGCGCCGGCAGCUGCUGCUCCUCAGCGCCCUGCUCGCCCUGGCCGCAGGUCAGGUGCCGGCGGCGGAAGUGGUGCCUGAGUUCCUGGCGCCCUUAGAGAACAUCACGGUGUCGCAGGGACGGGACAUCUACUUCACGUGCGUCGUCAACCACCUGGGCCAGUACACGGUGGCGUGGAUCAAGUCCGACACCAAGGCCAUCCUGGCGAUCCACACGCGGCUGGUGGCGCACAACCCGCGCCUCUCCGUCACCCACAACGGCCACAACACGUGGAAGCUGCACGUGUCCAACGUGCAGAAGGGCGACUCGGGCACGUACAUGUGCCAGAUCAACACCGACCCCAUGAGGAGCCAGAUGGGCCUGCUGGACGUGGUGGUGCCGCCGGACAUCCUGAACGACGAGGAGACGGCGGACGGCGGCGUGGCGCCCGAGAACGGCUCGGUGCGGCUGCGCUGCAAAGCGACCGGUGUUCCGGAGCCCCGGGUGCAGUGGAAGCGCGAGGACCACCGCAGCAUCGUGCUGCGCCACGACGGCGGCCGCGAGAGGCAAGCUGUGAUGCAGUACGAAGGCGAGACGCUCCUGCUCAGCUCCAUCCAGCGGUCGGACAUGGGCGUCUACCUGUGCAUCGCCAGCAACGGCGUCCCGCCCACCGUCAGCAAGCGCUACAACGUGCAGGUGCACUUUCACCCGGUGAUCAGGGUGUCGAACCAGCUGGUGGCGGCGCCCGUCGGCAGCGACGUGCUGGUGCAGUGCUACGUGGAGGCGUCGCCCAAGGCCAUGAACAGCUGGUACAAGGAGACAGGCGAGAAGCUGGAAGACGGGCCCAAGUACUCGAUCGACGAGGUGCCGCUGAACGAGUACGCCCUCUACAUGAACCUCACCAUCCGCCGGCUGGAGCGGCGCGACUUCGGCGGCUACGCCUGCGGCUCGGUGAACGCCCUGGGCAAGGUGGAGGGAUCCGUGCGCCUGCAAGAGCUGCACCUGGCGCCCAAGACGACGAUCCUGCCGUCGCCCGCCAAGCCCGACAAGUUCCACAAGAAGCACAAGUACGGCCACAAGCACCGCGGCCGCAAGCGGCCCGAGAGACCCGCCGACGACCUCUCGGACGGCGACGCGGCGUCGGGCGAGCUGGAGGGCAGCGCCGAGACGGCGACCCCGGGCGCCUGGCCCGAGGCGCGCACCCUGCAGACAAUAAUCCAGGCGGCCUCCAAGCCCCCGGCGUGGGUGCUGCACCGCAACGGCGAGGACUCGGCCCGGUCGUCGUCGGUCGCGGGGCGACACAGUCUUCCAGCGGCGUGGGCCGCCGCCGCCGUGCUCGCCGCCGCCGUCGCCUGACUGCCCUCCCAUCCCCCCUCCCCGCGACCCGGUGGCUCGACGUGCCUCGCCCCGCCGCCCCGCCCGUAGCUCGGCCUCCUUCCGCGACAUCUAGAGUGGUAUCCUUGGCAUCGCGAGCGGUGUCCAUGGCAUCGUGAGCGGUAUCCAUGACAUCGCGAGUGGUGUUCUUGGCCUCGAGAGCGGUGUGUUUAGGUGCGUUUACAUUUACGAGCCGUCAGUUUUCAUGUUUUAUUUUUGGGGUUUUGGUCGCACCGAACGAUCUGCUCGGGUAUCUGCUCGCGGCGAACCACUCACUUCCUGUCAGUUUUUUUUUUGACGAAAACGACAUCGUGUUCUGCUCGCGAACCUCCAUGCUCUAUCGUUUAUUUUUUUAUCUCGUGCCUAAUAAUAUUGGGCCAUAGUUUUUUUAAAUUCAAUUUUAGAAUGGUCUGAAGAAAAUUCACAGACUGAUAAGUAUUUCCAAAAAACAAAUAUUUGAUCUGGGGUCCUAAACGUAAGGAACCUUAAAAUGAAACUUAAUAACGAAGUCUGGAGGGAUAAAGGUGCUGAGACGAAUAUUUAUUGAACCGUAUUCGCGUGAUUCACGUCACGCGAGAACAUGACUUGUGUACCCGAAUCUGCGGCUGACAAAUAACUGCAUGGUGGUUCGUGGCAUUUCCUGUGGAUCGUAUGAAGUUCGCCGAGAAAAUAAUAUCAAAAAACGAUUCGGUUUUCCGAAAUGCACACGCACCUCAUGGCACCUCUGACAUCGCAGCUGUUGCUCGCCCUGGCUCUGCACCACGACUGCUGCGCCGACGAGCAGGUGUUUGCUUCCUUUCCCGCCCUCGUUCAGGGUCUGAGGAGCUCGUCGACGGAACAGUGAGUGCGUCUGGGGCGAGUUUGCUGGCUGCUCGCCGGUGCGAGUGGGCCUGCCAAGGGUCGGUUCCAAAAGGUCUGAGCAUAGGUACUCUCUCCUGAUUGCGGAGCGCGGGCUCUGCGGCCGGUUGUAUUUUUGUGCUUGAAAGACUUUAUUUUCCAGUCACAAUAGUUGUUCCCGAAUACAGAUCUAACCAAUAAAAAUUUAAAACUGUGUUUUUAUCAUGACAGUGAUCAUUAGGUAACAGGUAACUAUGCAAAUAAUGUACAAAGACCAAUUUCCUACAUAAGAAUUUUCUGUGUUUGUUGAAAAGUUGGCAUUUUAGUGAAAACAGAUAUAACAGUUCUAAGGUUUUUUGUAACAAUUGUGGGUCAGAUACGUAUUCGGGAUAACUAUUCACAUUGUAUUUCAUUGUUCUGUUAAGUUUUUUUAACCUUCAGCUACCAAUAAUUGUAUAAGUAAAAUCUUUUUUUUUUAAACAAGCAAUAAUAAAACACAGUGAUUUAAUCAGCCAGAUGAAGAUUAGCUAGAAAAUUUUCCGGAAAUAAACAUUUCCUGGCCGGAGCACGGGAUUAUGGGCAGUAUUGACUGGAAGCGUCCAGGUUAAAUGGAAUCGGUAACCUUCUGAAGUCAACGCACACGGAAACGAAACUGUGAGUGUUAUUUCCGUUUCGAUGGGAAGCAGCACUUCGCUGACGAUACAGAGUCUGGCGUCGUAACGUAUUGCAAUAAUUUUCUAUUUUAUUCCCUGCAAGAUCGUGUCUGUGGCAAUAUUGACGAACGGCAACCAGCCACAUUUCUGACCAACUUCCUAGUCUGUGCUAAUUAAGUAAAAAAAAAGGGGAGAGUGCGUGGUCACCUACACUUUCGCUUCUGGGUAGUUGACUUUCCAUGUCUGCACGAUGGUUAGAGGCUCUGCCUGGCCAGACUUUACCUAGAAAAAAAAUCGUGUUUUUAUAAACUGUGCUGAAGAAAAUAUUAUUUUUUUUUGCAAAAAUUCUGUUUUGAACUUGCAAACUAAAUAUAUUGAAGACGUAAAAAAUUAAUAUUAUUUUAAAUAAUUUUAUAUGCAUCAAAACUUAUUCGAACAACCAAAAUAUGAAUUUAGUUGUGUUAGCGAAGACUUUUUUCAAUUUUUAAAU